UCCAUUAUUAUUAUUUGCAGUAGAGUAGCUGGCUGCCAGGAUACGCGUAUACUCCAUACUUGGAUUUGGAAUAACUUCACUUCUUUAAACCUCUCUCACACACACACACACCUCCAAAAUCCACACAACACAAAACUACUCCUCCUCCUCCUCCUCCUCAGCCACCACCACCACCACCACUUCAUCCUCCACAAAUUUCAAACCUCCUCACACUUGUAAUACAAAACACAAAAAAAACAAAACAAAGAAAUGCAAACGUGAAGAAAUCACCUCACCAUUUAGUGCAUUUCUAAAAUGAUGAAAAAAACACAAACAUUCUUCCUCAUUACACUGUUUCUAACCAUAAACACACUCUCUCUUUCAGCUCUUGCAACCGAUGACCCAUCUCUUGUCUUUGAAAACAACCGUAUCAGAGACGCUUACACAGCAUUACAAUCAUGGAAACAAUCCAUUCUCUCUGAUCCAUUAAAUUUCACUACAAAUUGGGUUGGAUCCAAUGUAUGCAACUACACCGGCAUUUACUGUGCUCAAGCAUUAGACAACCCUAAAAUACGCACAGUCGCCGGUAUCGAUCUCAAUCACGCCGACAUUGCCGGUUAUUUACCUGAUGAGCUUGAUCUCUUAACAGAUCUCGCACUUUUCCACGUAAACUCUAACAGAUUCUGUGGCACUGUACCACACACUUUCAACAAAUUGAAACUUCUCUUCGAAUUGGAUCUCAGUAAUAACAGAUUCGCGGGGAAGUUUCCAGAAGUUGUAUUAAACCUUCCUGUUCUCAAGUUUUUGGAUAUAAGGUUCAAUGAAUUCGAAGGUACGGUUCCAAAAGCGCUUUUUGAUAAAGACUUAGACGCGAUUUUCAUAAACGACAAUCGUUUUGCGUUUGAGUUACCUGAUAAUUUUGGUAAUUCGCCUGUUUCCGUUGUCGUUUUGGCAAAUAACAAAUUCCAUGGAUGCAUUCCUUCCAGUUUAGGGAACAUGUCUAACUUAAACGAAAUCAAUUUUUUGAAUAAUUUGUUUAAGUCAUGUUUACCUUCUGAGAUUGGAUUAUUGAAGAAUCUCACAGUUUUCGAUGUGAGUUUUAAUCAGUUGGUUGGUUCGUUACCGUCGGCUAUUGGCGGUGCGGUAAGUUUGGAGCAACUUAAUGUGGCGCAUAAUGUGUUUUCUGGUAAAAUUCCGGCGAGUAUUUGUAUGUUGCCUAAUCUUAAGAACUUUACGUUUUCUGAUAAUUUCUUUACUGGUGAACCUCCGGCGUGUGCUGCUUUGCCGGCGGUUGAUGAUAAGAGAAAUUGUUUGCCGUCGAGGCCGUUACAGAGAUCUUCUGGAGAAUGUGCGUCGGUUUUGUCUAAACCGGUGGAUUGUAAGUCGUUUAAGUGUAAACCGUUUGAUCCAUCUUCGCCUUCACCAUCGCCGGCAGUGUCACCUAUAUCUCCGUCACCACCGGGAGUAUCACCGCCAGCUGUAUCACCUUCUCUUCCGCCACCGGUAACAGUGACACCUAUCUCUCCAUCACCGCCUGGAGCUGCACCUUCUUCUCCACCACCGUCCACAGGGACACCUAUUUCCCCAGCACCGCCGGUAGUGUCACCUUCAUCUCCUCCACCAACGCACUCUCCUCCGGAUGUGCAUUCACCACCUCCAUCUCCAACAACUCCUGUGGUGUCGCCACCGUCACAUACUAUGCCACCAUCUCCGCCACUAAAUUCACCACCAUCUCCUGAUCCUCAUUAUGGCUCAUCGCCUCCUCCAACUCAUUCACCACCAUCAUUGCCCCCACAUUCCCCUGUUUUUUCACCACCGCCGGGAACAACACCUUCCUCUCCACCAACGCCGGUAGUGCCACCUUUCUUACCUUUCUAUCCACCACCAACGCACUCUUCUCCGCCGGUGUUUUUACCACCACCGACAGCUCCUCAUUAUGGCCAAUUGCCUCCUCCACCUCUAUCACCCCCUCAUUCCCCUAUUCUUUCACCACCACCACCAGGAACACCACCUUUCUCUCCACCAAAGCCUGUAGUGCCACCUUCCUUUCCACCACCAACACACUCUUCUCCGCCGGUGUAUUUACCACCACCGGCAGGCCCUCAUUAUGGCCAAUCGCCGCCUCCACCUCCAUCGCCCCCUCAUUCCCCUGUUCAUUUACCACCACAAACACCACCAUAUCAAUCUCCACCGCCUUCUGUAGGACCUCAUCCGUCACCAUCACCACCUUGUGAAGAUCCAGCCCCACCACCACCACCACCAUCUUCUUCUUCCACACCACCGCCACCAGUAUAUGUUUCUCCACAUCCACCAUUUCAAUAUAGUCCUCCAUCACCACCACAUCGACCAUUUCAAUAUACUCCUCCGUCACCACCACAUCCAUUCCCUGUGCAUUACAGUUCCCCACCACCACCCCAUGUUCAUUACAGCUGGCCUCCACCACCCCCCGUAUUAUGGUCUCCUCCACCACCCACCCCUGCAUAUGGAGGGCCAUUGCCACCAAUCGCUGGACUCCCAUACGCAUCGCCUCCACCACCACCUUACUAUUGAUUCUUUUGGUAUUUUAUCUACUCUCACCCUUUCCCUUUACAAAUGACACAAGUCAGUUAGUCACGUUUUUGUUAUUGUGGCUGAGAUCAUCCUCUAUGCGACUAUGGAGGAAAACUACUACACAAGAGUUUGUUCAAGGCUUCUUUUGGAUUGAUGAUGCAGAAAGAUAUGUGAAUGUAAGAGGAGAAAGGUUCUACGUAUUGAUUUUACUUUGUUAUGAAUAUUCUACUAGCUUGUAGAGAAGGAAAAAAAAAUGUAUGUAUUGGAAUGAAUUGGAGAUCACAAUUCAUGGCCACGGAAACUUUUGCUUUCUAAUUUAGUAUAUGUAUUAUUAUAGUUGAUGAUCAUUUCAUUUCUAUUGAUUUUAUGCAAUGAGAUUUGGGAUAA